CGGAUCCAAACGUUAUCGAUAGAUACAACAGUCUCCACCAUAACUUUUUUUUUCUUUUCCUUUCAUUUCAUUGGCAUCACGAAACAUUCUACGCUUCUUCACCUCUUAGGUAUUUCCACCAACUUCAACCUUUUCCCGAAAUCGCCAUACCAUCUUGAUUGCCAAUUGAACUCUUACUGGGUGUUGGGCUUUGUAGAAAGGAUUCAAAAUGGCAGGCGUCCCUGAGAAAGCUCGGUUUUACCUCGAGCGUGCCGUGCCCCAGCUACGCGAAUUCGAAUCCAAGGGUAUAUUCACCACCGAUGAGAUCCGCUCCCUAGUACGAAAGCGUACCGAUUUCGAACAUAUUGUCUUGUCUCCCGGUAACAAAGCGACCGAUUGGCUCAAUUAUGCUGCAUGGGAGAAAUCACUGGAGUCUCUCCGCGCGAAACGAUGCAAAAGGUUAAAGGUCCGCACCUCGUCCAAGCACACUGGCGAAGGGCGGGUAUUCGGGAUAUUGGAUCGAGCAGUGAACAGACACCCAGGGAAUGUUGAGCUAUGGAAAGAGUACUUAGCUUAUGCGAAAGAUAUGAAGGCCUCCAAGCGGUACAGGAAAGUCAUGACCAGAGCAUUGAGAAUGCACCCAGCAAAACCUGAGCUCUGGGUAAUGGCAGGCAGGAGGUCCGCAAAUACUGGAGACAUGCAGGCUGCGAGAGGCUUUUUCAUGCGUGGUGCUAGGUUCUGUACCAGAGAUGCCACCGUCUGGCUCGAAUAUGCCAGAUGCGAGAUGGAGUGGCUACAACGAAUGGAUGCGAAGAAGGGCAAAAAGGGCGGCGCAGAAAAAGCAUUACAGGAACAGGCUGAACAAAGUGACGAUGAGAUCAAAUUAAUACAGGAUAGCGAAGAUGAGGAGGCCGAUGAGGAUGGCCAACUAACACUACCGGAUCCUGGGACUUCAGUCGAGGCGUUCAGCGAAGACACAGCCAAAAAACUGGAAAGCAACCCUGCGCUAGAUGGAGCUAUCCCGUUAGCUAUCUUCGACAUCUCUAAGAAGCAGCCCUUCUUUAAUGCUACGGUAGCAGAACAAUUCUUCAAUGUCUUCGCCAUAUCCAAUCCUAUUCCUGCGCAAGCUCGAAUUAUUCAACAUGUUUUGGAUACCAUGACUGAACUAUAUCCCAACGAUCCGGCGACGGACUUCUGUCACGUUCGACAACCUUUGGUGAAUAUCGACAUAAACUCACCCCUAUAUCCUAAGGCUCUACGGGAAGCAUUAGCUCGGCUCAAGUCAUCUCUUUCUACAACAGUCAACAAGGCUUCAUUAACUGAAAAAGUGAAGUCGUGGAUAGAACCAAUUCUGGCUUCGGAGGAUCUUGAUUUGGGUAUCCGAACUGUUCUGGAGCAUACUCUUCGAACUCUACCGAAGCCUUGAAGUGGGUGGCUCUCCGCCCCAGGCUUUAUUCCAUUAUAUUACAUUUAACGAGGUCUUAGCUGAUCUCACCGCCUCGCUCUCUUAUUAUACCCAUCAAAUACUCAAACUCGGUCGCAGACACACGACUCACACUCAGCCGGCUCUGCUUGAUCAUCUGCAUGCUCUCAAGUGGUUGUCCCGGUUUACCCAUCUCGCGAAGUUCCUUCAGUCCGAUUUGCUGCUUGAACUUACUGUGGAAUUUGACGUGCACGAC